GUAACGUUAUGUGAUAUAGACGUAACUGUCGAAAUUUAGCUAUCUGAUUUUUUGGAAAUAGUACGUAAAGUAUGCAAAUAGUUCUUUUAACUAGAAGAUGUAUAAUAAUACAUUUUUUUAUAAACACAUGAUUUUAUGAAAUAAUUCUUUGGUUACUCAAAAAUAUCAAAAAGCAGGGUUAUCAUGGUAGAUAGGGUCAAGCAGAGUAUUUAUUGCAACGAAUGUCGAUAAGAUGUGCAUUAUAUAAAUUAUAAAUUGCAUCUAAUUUUCAUUAGGUUCACAGUUUCAGUUAAGUUUUUGUGCGCAACUACUGUUUAAUCCAUCAAAUAUGCAGGGUACAACAACGCUGUUUGUUUUUACUCUACUAACUUUGAGCUGUCAAUCGGCGAAUAUACUUGGAGUUUUUCCCCUACACGUAAAGAGCCACUUUCUGAUGUUCGAAAGUCUUUUGAAACGUCUUGCUGAAAAAGGUCAUAAUGUGGAUGUUGUCACUCAUUUUCCAUCAAAAAACACACCUCCUGGGUAUAAUCAGAUGAGUUUGAAAGGCAGUCUUCCAUCACUCACCAACAACCUGUCCCUGAACAUGGUUGAUGCGGCGACCCAGUCUCACUACAAUAUAAUGCGUUUUAUGACGAUAUUUGGAGGAGUAGAUGUCUGUGAAAAACUUUUAAAAACCCAAAUUCUAAAAGAUCUGAAGCGCUUUCCCAAAAAUUACGAUUUAGUAAUUACGGAACUUUUCGGAAGUGACUGUAUGUUAGGAUUUGGCAAUUUGUUCAAUGCGCCAACCAUUUCUGUCACUAGUAGUAUAAGUUUGCCGUGGGCUAAUGAUAGGAUUGGCAAUCCUGACAACCCUUCUUAUAUUCCUACUUAUUAUGCUGCCUCAAUGGCGAAAAUGAAUCUAUAUGAGCGAGUUGAAAACACGUUGCUGUUGAUAACGUCCAAAUUUUUGUAUCGUUUCUUGUCUGAAUGGAUGUCAGAUAAGAUAAGUCAAGAAUUUUUUGGUGCAAACUUACCGCAUCUGGAAGAACUAACACGCAAUACGAGUCUUCUACUAGUAAAUAGUCAUUUUAGUAUUAGUUAUGCUAGACCCACUGUCCCUAAUUUUAUAGAAGUUGGAGGACUUCAUAUUCACGAACCUAAAUCUUUAUCAAACCACUUUAAAACUAUUGUCACGACUAGAUCCAAGGGAAUAAUCUAUUUGACGAUGGGCUCAAUGGUCCAGACUGAAACCUUCGACAGCGACAAACUCCAAGGGAUGUUUGAUGCUUUUGCUGAAUUACCGUACCAAGUACUGUGGAAAGCGAAUCGUGAUGGAUUUCCUAACGGAUUACGAAUUCCUAAAAAUAUACACUUCGAAGAAUGGAUGCCACAAAUUGAUAUUCUUUGUCAUCCAAAUACCAAACUGUUUGUGUCUCAUGGCGGUAUGUUAGGAUUUCAAGAAGCUGUUUAUUGUGGCGUGCCACAAUUAAGUAUUCCGCUUUUUGCGGACCAAAUUCGUAACGUUCACACUUCUGAAAUAAUGGGAAUAGCCAUAAAAGUGUCUUACAAAGACAUCAAUAAAAGAACUGUACUGGACGCAGCGAAGAAAUUACUCAACGAUCCGAUAUACAAGGAAAAUACUGACAGAGUUUCACGUCAAUUUAAAGAUCGCCCAAUGUCGCCCUUAGAUACAGCCACUUAUUGGAUAGAAUAUGUUAUACGCCACAAUGGAGCACCGCAGUUACGAAGUGCUGGAGCUGAUUUGCCUUGGUACCAGUACUAUUUGAUUGAUGUUGCUUUGGUUCUUAUAUGUUUUUGCAUUAUUGUUGUACAUUUAGUAGCUUUAACUGUAAAAUUUGUGAUUAGUUUUGUAUGUGGCACACGUAAGUCUAAAAUUGAUUAAUUGUACGUUAGAUCCAAACCCAAUUGGGUAUAUGCAAUGUCAUUACCACAAUAAUUUCGAGUAUUUAAAACAGACAAUAUUUGAAGAAUGUGUUUAGAAGUGCAAUAAAUUUGAUUUAAAAAAAUAAAAAACCAGUUUAUCAUACAAUUUCAGGAAAUCCAUUUUUUUUUGAAAAGCACAUCGAUCUGAAAAACAAAAACUUAAACUGAUUCAAAAUAUUCUUUCUUAGUCAGCACUCGUUGGAUUUAGAUCUAGCAAGUAUCGUGUCUCAUGCAUUGCAUGCCACGUCAACUCUUCUUAUUACAUUCUGCGCAUUGGACCACAGGAACGCGGACCGUACUGACUCAUGUUGUGCGGCGUGAAACUUUUCAUACAUGACGACCAAUAAAAAAUGAAUUUCAACGAUAA